CUUCCCCAAGUUCUUAUCCACCACGGCUUGUUCCCAACAGCACCUUUGCAGCCUCGAAUGGCAGUUUCCCUUGAAUUACUGUCCUUCUACCGGGCGUUGUUUGAGCGUUCCUGCGAUGCAAUUAAUGCACUCACAUGCGCUCUCAAGACAUAUUACUUCCGUAGAGGCUUCCAAUUGACAGAUUCUAAAGUG